AUGGCUCGUGGAGAAGGAACCACGUCAACAAAGACCGAAAAGGGGAGCAUCGCUCCGAAGGCUCGAUCCUUGGAAAAGGAGGAAGCGCCCAAGGAAUCGGCCAAAAUCGAGGUUCCAGAAGCACCCAAACGCACCAGGGUGCCAGAUGCCGUCCAGAGGAAAUUGGCGGCCGAGAAACAGAAGGGCCCCCAGCCCAGCAGAUUGGCGCAGGAAUUGCGCAGUUACCAAGCCGAAAGAAAGAGGCAUUCGAUGGACGUAUAUGUCCAGAUCACGGGCCUGGACUCAGGGAAAACACGUGGAGUCAAGGCGCUGCUCGAUAGUGGCUGCAGUACCUGCUGCAUCGAUACCGACAACGCACGGGCAGAAAAGCUGGAUAUCCAAGUGUGA